AUAUUCUGUCAGUGUAACUGGUAAAGUGGUAAUGUCAUUUUGACUUUUUCAUUGAUGUUAUUAUCGUUUUGUGUUAAAGUAUGAUUUAGUGUUCCGUUUAUUAAUCUAAAACAUUUCUAUUAACAAUAGUAUACUUGUGCCGGUUAUUUUUAAUCUAGAUAGAGAAACAUCAUUCGAAUACUGAGCUCAAGUUCUUAGCCUGUUGAGGUUAAGUAUGUAAAAUAAACAUCAGUUGAAAAAAAUACAAUAACAGCAAUGUCGGAACCUAAUAUCGAAGCAACUAUACUGAAAUACGAGAAUUUUAUCAACGAUGUACUCAAAGAAGACCUCCGUCAACUAGAUAUUAGGCUUCAACAAGUGAAUGCUGAAAUAACGGAUAUGAUACAACAAAAACAUACUCUAAAAGUUAUAACUGACAAAAAUGUUCACCCAAAUGGAUUUAAAAGUCAAGUAAACA